AUGUUGAGCUUGAAACUACCCAAGUUGUUCAGCAUAGACCAAGUACCUCAGGUGUUCCAUGAACGGGGCAUAAUUUUUGGCUAUCGGCAUCCUCAGAGUUCAGCCACCGCCUGUGUCCUCAGCCUUUUCCAAAUGACCAAUGAAACCCUCAACAUCUGGACACACUUGCUCCCCUCCUGGUACUUCAUGUGGAGGUUUAUGGCCACUCUAUAUAUGGUUGAUUUCUGGAAUGACAGCUAUUCCUGGCCUCUGCUUGUCUACCUGAUUACCAGCUUCAUUUACCCUUUUGCCUCCAGCUGUGCCCAUACCUUCAGCUCCAUGUCCAAGAAUGCCAGACAUAUAUGUUACUUCCUGGAUUAUGGUGCUGUCAAUCUCUUCAGCUUGGGUUCUGCCAUAGCCUAUUCUGCCUACGCAUUCCCUGCCAUGUUGGUUUGUACCACUUUCCAUCGCUACUUCGUGUCCUUGGCUGUGUUGAAUACCAUUUUGAGCAUCGGACUUUCCUGCUACUCGAGGUUCCUUGAAAUCCAGAAGCCAAGGCUCUGUAAGAUAUUACGGAUACUGGCCUUUGCAUAUCCUUACGCCUGGGACACCAUCCCCAUCAUUUGCAGGCUAUUCUCAUCAUCAGAAGAGAGUUCUGGGGAGGCAGCAAACCCCUAUCACCAAAAACACACGGUUAUCGCCAUCCUUGCUUGUUUCCUCUAUGCGGCACACUUACCCGAGAGGCUUGCACCUGGACUCUUUGACUAUGUUGGUCACAGUCACCAGCUUUUUCAUGUGUGUGUCAUCUUGGCGACACACUUGCAGAUGGAAGCCAUAUUUCUGGACAUGACGUUGAGAAAAGAGUGGCUUUUAGCUACUUCGAUACCUCCCUCUUUCUCUCAGACAGCUGGGGCAAUAUGUCUGUGCAUCAUUUUCAGCCUCAUUAACAUCCUUUACUUCUCAGUUGCUCUGUAUCAGACUCCAGAGCCAGAAGUACAGAAAAAAGAAACAUGA